GAGGUUAGUUCACGUUGAGCGUUGGCGCGAGGUAGUGUUGUGCGGGAUUUAUCUCCAACUCUUGGUGCUUUUUGCCUUUCGUGUACCCUGAAAAAACCAGUGAUCGAGUUGGGAAUCAGUGUCGGUCAGUCAGGCGAGGACCGUUGUGUGGGAAGUGAGUGCGCGGAUCAGCGUGGUGGCGUGGAUUUUUCUCAAGGAUUAAUUUUAUAACUCGUGGAGGAGUUGACGGAGGGAAGUAACAGAUCAUAGUGUUGGCAGACCCCUCCUGCCAACACUGUCUACUCGACCGUUUUUCCUCACUGGUGCGUCAGGCCCCCUUCACCCCUUCCCCGUCCAAUGCCAGGGAUUUCAGGGCUCAGGACGGAAGUUGAUCAGCCCUGGGGAGAGUGGUGUGGAGGCGCCAAGAUAUCGUCGGCGUGGCCCCAGGGCGGGUCGGCCCCGACCACGCCCGUGCCGCCCGUGCCGCCCGUCCACCUGGCGCCGCUGCCCCUCACCACCACGCACAAGGACAUGGACCCACUUGACGAUGACGACGUUAACUCACUUCACGAUGACAAGGACGCCAGUGGGGCCGACGCGGAGGGAGUGUGGUCGCCGGACAUCGAGCAGAGCUUUCAGGAGGCGCUGGCCAUCUACCCGCCGUGUGGCCGACGCAAGAUUAUCCUGUCCGACGAGGGGAAGAUGUAUGGUCGCAACGAGCUGAUCGCGCGGUACAUCAAGCUGCGGACGGGCAAGACGAGGACCCGCAAGCAGGUGUCCUCCCACAUACAGGUGCUGGCCCGGCGCAAGCUGCGGGAGAUCCAGGCAAAGCUGAAGGGCUGCACCUCCGACGACAAUGGCGGAAUGUUGCGUCUGGACUCAGCCACCAAGGAGAAGGCCCUUCACACCAUGUCCUCCAUGUCUUCAGCCCAAAUCGUCUCUGCCACAGCCAUGCACAGCAAGCCUCCACUUGGAUUGGCUCCCCCACCUGUGUCCUAUGCCAGUCCCUUCUGGCAGGGUGGGCUUCAGGCAGGCACUAGCCAGGAUGUCAAGCCAUUCGCUCAGUCCCCCUUCAUGGGUGGAGAGACUAAACCAACUGUAGGAGGCAUGGGAGGUCUGCUGCAGACCGCUGCUGCUCCCUCUGUCACAGUGCCUCCCUGGGAAGGCCGCUCCAUUGCAACACAGAAGCUGCGACUGGUGGAAUUUAGCGCCUUCAUGGAGUCUCAAAGAGACCCAGACACAUAUCAAAAGCAUCUGUUUGUUCACAUAGGAGGCCCAACCACUUAUGCGGAUCCGUUACUAGAGGCAGUAGAUAUCAGGCAGAUUUAUGACAAGUUCCCCGAGAAGAAGGGUGGCCUGAAAGAGCUCUAUGACAAGGGACCUCAGAAUGCCUUCUUCCUUGUCAAGUUUUGGGCAGACCUGAAUGUCAAUAUCCAGGAUGAAUCGGGGACAUUCUAUGGAGUCACAAGCCAGUAUGAAAGCCCUGAGAACAUGACCAUUACCUGCUCCACCAAGGUGUGUUCCUUCGGCAAGCAAGUGGUAGAAAAGGUAGAGACAGAAUAUGCCCGCUUUGAGAAUGGUCGGUUUGUGUACAGAAUUCACCGUUCACCCAUGUGUGAAUACAUGAUCAACUUCAUCCACAAGCUGAAGCACCUGCCAGAGAAAUACAUGAUGAACAGUGUGUUGGAGAACUUUACCAUCCUGCAGGUGGUGACCAACAGAGACACACAAGAGACACUGCUCUGUGUGGCCUAUGUGUUUGAGGUGUCCACAUCAGAGCAUGGGGCGCAACACCAUAUCUACCGCUUGGUCAAGGACUAACACCACGCCCCAGGGCAGCUCCUCCUCGCUUCCUGCCAGGAGCUGAGCUGGCUUUUUGUAUAGCAUCAUGUUCUGCAUUGGGAAGACAUGCCUUGUGAGAAACAACAGCCUUGUAGCUCACCAGUCACAGUGCCGACCCAACCUGAUCUGACCUCACCUCCACUUGCCCUUCCACACCAGUGACACCAGGAAGAGAUGGUGGUUCCCACCAGCAGGUGGUGGGAGAGAGUUUGUUAAUCACAUAGUUGUACCGCAAAGUCUGACAGCUCACCCUCCUUCUGCUUGCAUCCUCAAAGGUGCAGUUAUCCACCACUGCGCCAGUUGCCAGCACAAGACACUCACAAAGUGCAAAAAUGAUACUCAAGGCUUGCAGGUGUCUUCAUGUGACCCAGCAACAUAUGAGAGGCUUAAUAUUGGUCACUGAUGCAUCAUGCAGAGUUCCUGUGGUCUGAUAUUCAGACUUGCGACUCUGAACGACCACUGUUGUUGUCCUGAGAGCAGCAGCGUGGAUGUCGGUAGCAGUGGUGGUCAGGCAUAAUAACAUGUACAGACAGGGAGGGCAGCUGGUGUGUGUGUGUGUGUGUGUGUGUGUGUGUGUGUGUGUGUGUGAGAGAAGUGGGUAGGUGUGGCCUGCCAUGUGCCAAGUGAUAGAUGCUUGGAGGCAAUGUUGUGCCACGCUACUGUUGCACCAGCCGGGUCGCCAACAUGCAAAUACCAUGCAAUGCCUGCUGUACUUAACCAAAAAAUAAACACCAGCAUUCUUAAACCACACGAUGCAUACAAUGUGACUACCCAAAUAUGAACAAAGUGAUUGAAUAUUUUUGUAAUUUAUACUUGAGAAAAUUAAAUCUGUUUGCAAGUCCAUGGUGAGGCAUCCUUAUGACAGUGUCUUUCACAUCUCUAUCAUUGUAUUAUAUUAUACACUGUUUCUCUCCACUUGUACAAACUAUCAUUGAGGGCUGUUUUGCCGGAAUAAGCAGCUUCUAACGAUCAUUCUACACAUAUCGCUUCUUGUUUAAUUUUCAUUUUUUAUUUUAAUAUUUUCUUUCUGUCCUCUGUAGUUUAGGUUUGUCAGUGUUUUAAGAACUGUUACUAGUGUAGCAGAUGCAGGAGGGCCCCAUGCUGCCUUAUCAACCAGCGUGCGUCCCUCCUGCCUCACACAUAUACCGGUAGAUUAUUAUAAUUAUUAUUUCACUUUUUGCAAGUUGUUGAUGUUGUUAGGGAAUUUUUUGUGAUCUCAGAUGUUCUUAUCCAAAGGCUUUAAAAGUCAGGAGGUGAAGUUAUGAAUGGUUAUAGCUGUGUUCCACAUCAUUGUGUUGCUGUUUUAGUGCCAAGACAGACAUGGGAAGUCAUAAAGAUACUUUUUCUACAGCACAGCAUCACUUCUGUGUUGUGGCAUUCAUUUAAUUUUUAUACAAAUAAGAAAAGACUGCCAUAUUAAAUGAUAAUUUGUGCUAAUUCAUGCCAAGGCUUUCUCAUCUUAUACUAAUUUCCAAAGUAUUUCAAUAGCACACAAAGUGCCUUCAUUGUUUAGCCAUUCUAUUCCCUACUGUCUAAGGAGGGUUACAGCUGAAGCAUUUGUGUUUUAUAGUUUGAUAGAGUGAAUCAAAAUGGAUGAUGGAGGCCCAAAGUGGUGGUUGCUGGCACAGGAGACACAAAACGCCACCACCAACUAACACAAGUCCUCAGAGUGGGAUGGAAAGGCAGAUUGAGAAUCCCAGCAACUACCUCUCUUGUCCACCAACUCUAAUGAUAUCCCUCAAGUCCUCCCUGGUCAGCACAAGACCCAGCACCCUCAUGCCACCACUGGCUGUUGUCUUGUCUCACAGCUGCAGACUUUGUUGAUGAGCUGUAAAGGUGCUGUUUCGUUUCAUUUGUGACUCGUAGGUGUUUUUUUAUUUGCUAUGCAGCUUCAGAAAUGUUACUGUGGGGUAAUCGAAUGGUGCAAAUCUUUAUCUGAUAUACUGCCUUUGAUUUAUCAAGCCAUAAUAUCUCAAGGCCAAUGCUGAAAAGUAUUAUAAAUUGUGUGUAACCUGUAUUCAGGAGCUGUGACUGUCCUUUGAGUGGUGGACUGAGACACUGUGGGUGAAGCGAAAGUGAGAGAAACAGGCUGAGGCACCGAAUAAGAUAAGAGGCUAUAAUAUCAGAGGCUCCUUUUGUGGCAUUUUGUGCUGUAUUAAAGGCUCAUGUAUGGAAAACCCAGUAUUAUUAACAAAAUGAAUGGUUUAGAGCCUGACUUAUUCCAUCCUUACAUCAAAUUGAAGAGGUGUGCAUGAGACUUCAUAUGAGGACAUUGUUCAUUUAUCAUUAUCAUCAGAAGCUAUCUGUCAGAAAACAUGCAUUAGUUUAGGUGGGUUCUCUCAGUUCUGUAAUGUGUUUAUCAAUCCUGUGCAUGAUAAUUACCAUCUGAUCCGGCUGCUGACUGGCUUUGAGUUGAGCAGCUGUUGAAGUACAGGAUGUGAGCCUCUUAUUGCUGUGAUAAAGGAACACAGGAUAGUAUCCACUCUGAGUGUAGGUUGCUGUUAAUGUGUGCCACAAGGAGGUUAUUGUAUUUUAAAUGCAUUGCAGAAUUUUAUUAUCCAUAAUCAUCAUACCAAGGAUGCAAACAGACAAAAAAAUAUAUAUAUAUGCUAAGCAUGUUAUUAAAGUCAUGCACAUCUAAUUUCUUCCCCUGCGGUGGAGGCAGCCUUCCCCGGGACAAAGGUGGAGUGUGGCUGCCUGCCUGUGGUGGCUGCGGACACACUUUAGGCCGGGACUUAUCUGGAUUGAGUCUGAGUCGCAGGGUUACUGACAAUGUUGAUAUUGUAGAUAUAGAGCAAAAUAUGAUAUAUUAUAAAGAAACAAUAGAUGUUUUGAAAAAUAGGCUGUAUGUUGUGGAACAUUGUUUUAUGAAUUUAGGUUAUAUGAAAUAAGAUCCCCAUUAAGUAUUUGAAUUGGUAUUUGAUGACUCAGACUUAACACAGUUAAGUCUUGGUCUAAAACAUGUCACUGAAUCUGACUUUGUUGUCAAGUGUGUUUCUUAACCAUUUCAUGAGUUUUCAGAGUUAUUGGCAGAAACUAAAGUUUACCAGCGUGGUAGACUGGAUAAAGUACCAUUUUGUACAGUUGUAUAAAAUAGACAUUUUUACGUGA